AUGCAUUUCGCAAGGGCAAUCACCUCGCUGGUACUCGGCGUCAGCGCCGUUACUGCAGCCGUACUGCCUAGAGUAGCCAACGGGACAGUCUCCAACACCACAUCCAGCACAAACAUAACUCGACCUCCUCUUGAUUACAACUCCGACAACUUCAUUAUCCGCGCUCGGCAGCUAAAUGACUCCACAACUGUUGGCUACAUGUUCGCCGAGUAUGCCUAUGGUGCAGGCUACUACGCAACUCUACGUUCUAGUAAGAGCGACGCAAUUGUUGGACACUUGACCGAUACCACGAAUCCCAGCAACAGUACCUUGGCAUUUGGCGAUGGACAGUAUCCCCAAGGCUUCGUGUUGUAUCCUCUGCUCUCGUACUCGAAUGCUUCGAUUGCGCAGAUUUUCUCUGGCCAACAGGGUACCAAGGGAGUCUAUGUCAAUGAGGGUGGUAUUGUGGACUGGGCAUCCCAGAGGGUGUCUUGGUAUGCUUGCGACCAGGCUUUGGAAUGGGGUCCAGCCACUGCCAUCUGGUACAGAUGGAUGAACGUUACCACCCCCCGCAACUGUGUCGAUAUUCAGUUGAUCGCAGAGUAUGCUCCUUAA